CCCAUGUGCCAUUACUUAUAUAUGUGUGCCAUCGACUUUAUCCAGUUAGCUGUGCAGAGUGAUGACGAUGAUAAUGAUGAGGAUGAAGAUGAUGAUGAGCUUAUUGACCCAAUCCCAGUACCAAUAAUCAUUCUGAGUUAUUGUUUCUGGCUCGUUCGUAACAUUGGAAGCGGAUCGUUCGGAGAGAUUUACUUUGAUGGACUGCUCGCGAACUGAUACACGGUUCACGGCACAAUUUACCAAAAAAAAAAAGUCGAAGCUUAUGCUUGUUGCAACUCCAAGAGAAAAAGAAUAAACAUAAUUAUCAGCUUAGAACACUUCUACGAAACGUUGCCAAGCCUGGAGACCUAAUUAAGCUCAAGUCAUUCGUGGGGUGAUUUUGUUGCAUACGUGGAUGUAGAAUUUGUACUAUCAAUGCGAUGCGCAACUUUCUAAGUACUUACUCUUCUUUCUUCUUUGCGACUCGCAGGCCUAUAUGUGCAGAGCUUGUUAACGCAUAGAAAGUGAAUUCUCAAGUCAUUCUCUAUCAUAAGCUCCACUGAUCAUAAUCAAGUAGUGCCAUACCAAUGGCCGAGUCUGUUGUUUCGUCCGUGGGGCAGACAAUAGGAAAGCUGCUCAUCGAGGAGGCCAGAUUCUUGAGGGGCGUGGAGGGCAAGAUCGAGGACUUGCAAAGGGAGCUGAGGCUGAUCCGGUGCUUGCUGAGGGAUGCGGAUGCGAGACGAGAGCACAACGAAGCUGUUGGAGAAUGUGUUGCACAACUCCGAGACUUUGCCUAUGAUGCCGAGGACAUCAUCGAGAGAUACACCCUCAGAGUCGCUCUGAAGAAGGAACAAUACAUCACCAGAGCGUGUGCUUGCUUCAUGGCGAAGUGCACGUGCCUGCAGAUUCAUGUGGUGGGGACAGAGAUUGAGGGCUUGAAAUCUAGCAUCUACAACCUUAGAACGAGCAUGCUGGCUUUUGGCGCACAACCUGGGAAUGAGGGCGACCGCAAACGGGCAACGGAUUUGCUGCCGAAACCUACUUAUUGCCAUUUCGAGGAGGAUUUUCUUGGGAGGGAAGAUAGUAUUAAGGAGUUGGUGAAAGAGCUGUUAAAGGAUGGAAAACAGCAGAGUUAUUUCUAUAUGGGGAAUGGGUGGUUGGGUAAAACCUCACUCGCUAGGAAAGUCCUCGCUCAAGAUGAAGUGAAGAACCAUUUCAAUGGUUCAGCUUGGGCUUGUGUAUCUCAAGAAUACGACGUGAAAGAAAUUUUGGUGGGAAUUCUCGUUAAAUUGAUCCCUGGCCAAAAUGACAGUAUUAAGAAGAUGAUAACUCAGGAAUUGUUUGAAAAACUACACAAGACCCUACAAGAAAAGCGAUGUAUCGUGGUUCUUGAUGAUAUUUGGACCAAAGGGGCAUGGGAUAGUCUUCGAGAUGCAUUCCCGGUCGAAAACACAAGAAGCAAGCUAUUGAUUACGACCCGCAAUAGAGAUGUAGCUAAGUAUAUCAAUCCUCAAGGGAUCCAUGAACUUCAAUGCUUAUCGGAUCGAGAGAGCUGGGAUCUACUAAAGAAGAGGGCGUUUCCCGAAACAAAAGGAUUAGUUGUUGAAAUUUCUACUGAUGGACCUGGAGUUGGUCAAGGUACUGUUGCGGGCCAAGCUAUGGAAGGUAUCGCAAAACUGUCAAAGACGGAGGGACAACCAGUAAUCACUCAAGACAUGAAGAGAUUAGGAGAUGAACUCCUUAAGAAGUGUGAAGGAUUACCCUUGGCUAUCACUAUGCUUGGUGGACUUCUAGCAGUCAAUGAAUGGGAGAUAGUUUACAAAAAGAUCAAUUUGCAUUUUGAUGAUAAGAGUGAUGUACCAAAAGUGUUGGCCUUAAGCUAUGACAAUCUACCAUGCCAUUUAAAGCCAUGCUUCCUAUAUAUGGGCAGCUUUCUAGAGAAUGCCGAAAUCCCUAUAUCGAGGGUUCUUCCCAUGUGGAUUGCUGAAGGCUUUGUGUCGCUAAAUGAAUAUGACGAAGAGAGAGAAAUACCAGUGGAAGAUGUAGCAGAGCAAUAUUUAGUAGAGUUGGUUAAUAGGGAAUGGUUCAAGUACGACAACUUGAGUAGAAAGAUCAAAACCUGCCACCUCCAUGAUUUGAUGCGAGACUUAUGCCUCUCCAAGGCUAGGCAGGAGAGGUUUCUUAGCAUUCUUAAUAUCCAGCAAAAUCAUGAAAUGAAGGAUUGUUCUUCUUCGAUGGCAAUAAAAGUGAAGUCAACUUGCAAAACACGAAGGCUUUGUCUCAAUAUGAAUGUUGAAGGAAACAUGAUUCCAAGUGUAAAACAAAUAGGAAGGACUAUGCUCCACCUUCGAACUUUCAAGUUCUUUGGAUUUGCUAAAGGGAAGUGGAAGCAAUUUCAACCUAUUUUCAUCAACUGUAAGUUUCUCAGAGUUUUGAAACUCGAGUGUCUUUAUAAUAUGAGAGGAAAUUUACCUAAAUCAGUGGGAGACCUAGUUCAUUUGAGAUUCAUGAGUUUAGCAAACAGUAGUUUCAAGGGCUUGCCACAAUCCUUGGGAAACCUUAUAUAUAUGGAAUUCUUGGACAUGGACAUUCGUAUGGUUCCAUAUAAAAAGGUAACCAUGCCAAAUGUGUUGUGGAAGAUGACAAGGUUGAGGUAUCUCCAUCUUCCUCUCCAAUUUGCCGUCAAGAAGAGAUUUUGUGGGGAUCGGAGGAAGUUGCAGUUGGACACUUUAAAUAGCCUAUGGAAAUUGAAAAACUUUUUUUUGAAGAUGUGUGAUGUGAACGAUUUAAGCAAAUUGACUAAUCUGCAAAAACUGAUUAUCAUCGGCGAGCAAGGCUCUAAUGACUUGAAGACAAUUUCACAACUUGCUAAAUUCAAUUUGAAACAUCUGCAAUCCUCGUCUUUCAUAUUCACAAGCUCUUCAUUCACUGAAGCCGAAUUGAGUAUGACAUCAAGCUGUUGUCAUUACUGUAAACUAUUUCUAAGUGGAAAAAUAGAGAAGUUUUCAGAACAUAAGAAUCUACCCCAACAAUUGAGUAAGCUAGUCUUACUAUGGUCUGGACUUGAAGAAGAUCCGAUGCCAAUAUUGGAGAAAUUGGAUCGCUUGGUUAUCCUCAUGCUGGGGUAUAAUUGUUUCUUGGGAAAAGAAAUGGUUUGCUCUGCAGGAGGGUUUCCUCAACUCAAGCAUUUAGAACUUCUUGCGCUAGAUAAUUUGGAGGAGUGGAGGGUCGCCGAAGGAGCCAUGCCUCAUCUUUCCCGAUUAGGGAUCGGCAACUGUCUCAAUUUGAGGACUUUACCUCGAGCGGUCCGCCCGUAUGACGGAUCUGGUGACUUUUAUGACCAGCUUACAAAGGUCGGGUGGUUCGGGUGACCUUUAUGAUCAGCUUACGAAGAUCGGGUGUUGCUCAAAAAAAAAAAAAGAUUGGGUGGUGAGAGAGACAACGAUGCGGGUGGUCGGGGGUGGCCCCAGCUUUCCAAGAGAGAGAAAAAGGGAGCAUUGGCUUGUGUGUUGUCGGGGGUGGGCCCCCAGAUUAUAGCAGAUGCGGAAAAUGAAAAGCACAAAAUCAGCUUUUCACUAUAUUUUAGCUCAAAUUGGUUGUGGUUGUAUCACAAUCCUUUAUAGAAUUUCUCGAGUAUAUAUCUUAUCAAAUAUAUUACAUGAAAGUAUACAUUGUA